AUGGAUGGACAUCAUUUCUACGGUACGUCUCUUGAUUUACUACAAAGCUUUUGACAAAAGUUGUGUGUGUGAUUUUUCUGAGUCAGCUUUUGACUUACGGAGCGCGGAGUUUUAUAAUUGAAUUCAUAUAUACGCCAGUGGGGUGGUUGAUGCAGGCGGCCAGGUGGCACAAAGUCUGGACACACGCCGCGUUACACUGAACUAAUCGGAGCUGUAAGAAAGGGUGGUGGUUGGGAGAAAAAGAGGAAGAAGAAACGGCCAAUAAUACUUUCGAACAGUUGUUCUUGCGGCUUGUGGGCGACCCGUACUGUGUAAAGGAAGAUUUGCUAUAGCACAAGAGUCCGAAUGUCCCUAAAAAACUUUAUUUUCAGGAUUUGAUGACUUCCUACGGUCACCGAUGGCUGAUGUAGGACCACCACCACCACCACCACCGCCACCACAACUUUCGAAUGGAACGCAACAUCUACCACCGCCGCCAGUCCACGGAACUCAACAUCCUGGGUACUAUGCGCCGUACGCUGUGCCGCCAUACAUGGGAAUGAAUCCGAAUCCCACGCAGUAUCCUGGAGAUGUAAUGCACUGGAACCAGCCCCUCCAUCACACGUACAACCAGUCAUUUUUGCCGCCAAACAACAACUUUGCGGCAUUCCCGCUGCCAGCACAACCACCGGCAACACAGGGACCAGCGCCAUCGGCACCAGCGGCAGUACAGGGAUCAGCACCAUCGGCAGAGCAAGGACCAGCGCCACAGGUAGCAAAAGCACCAGCGGCGCCGGUAGCAUCGGGACCAACGCUGCAGGAGCCAGCUGUCGUUCAACAGGAGUUGACCCAAGAAGCUAGUGGUGAGUGGAACAUUUAGUUUUUUAAACAGCUACAUGAGGUCGAUAAAUGAAACAGCGGACAGUUAAAGUUGUGGCCGUGGUCUAGAAGAAUCCUCGCACAUGUAAUCUUUACCGAAUUGCCUAGGCCACAGCUAUAACUGUCUGCGCGUUGUUCCGUUCAUUAGAAUUGUCGGAAGUUUAAGUUUUAGCUCUGCAAUGUAAUAGAUCAAUAAUUGGUUUAAGCAUGGAAGUUAAGAUGACUUUUUCACAAAUGGUUGUAAAGAAAGAAAAUAAGAGCAUAUUAUGAAUACAAACUAUUCUGAAUGAUCAUUAUCGUUCUUUCAGGUGCUCCAACAACUGACAAGACUGCUGAAGUUGAGCUCGAGAAGGUUGUUCAAGAACCGGCAGUGCCAUCGAAACCGGUUCAAACAAAACCAGUGGACGAAUUUGAACCCAGCCGAGGUGAGUACACACCCAAAGUAUAAAUGAAAGUUCGGUAUGUUUUUUCAGAGUCACAACGAUUGUUGCCGGUCCCGAUGGAGCAUCCAAAAUCCGAGAAUUCCGCUGCUCCAAAGACGUUGGACAAACUUGUCGAGGUCUCUGCCCCGCCAGCAGCACCUGUUGUUGUGGCGGCAGUUCAACAAGUCCAGGAAGUGAAGGACGCACUGCCAGUCGAAGAAGUCUCGGAUAUUAAGGCCGUUCAAGGCACUCAGACGGAUCGCCCUGUCCAGAAAGUUCAAGCCGACCAGCCGCAUCAGGCUGUCCAACCGGUACUGGCCGACCAGUCAAAUCAGUCAGGCCAAAAAGUUCAAAUCGACCAGGGAAAUCAGCCAAUCCUGAAUGUUCAAGCCGUCCCGAUUGUUCAAGCGGUGCAGAAGAACAGUUCCAGCCAGACAACCGUGGUCGACCAUGGAAGUCGGGGCAUACAAACGAUUCAGGUGGACCUGGCGGACCGAUGCUGCCAGACGAUUGCGAGCGAAAUAAUGGCAGAGAGCAACGAGUCAAGAAUCAAUGAUCUCAGCUUUGUUCGAGGUCCAACUGCAAACUACUUCUCCGAAGAAGUUAUUCCUGUAAAUGGCCCGGUUCGCAUAGGUACACUUCCUGGAAUCUUCAUUAACAAGGAAUUAUCUGGCUCGACUGACUCCUCUCUACCUGCUACCUCGACAACGUCCGGAUCGAGUUCCAGAAGCUUGUCGGAAGAGCAAAAUGAGACUCCAUCACCACAUCCGAAGAGUGCUCAACAGAUUUCCGACGACGAGAAGCAGAAACGAAUGAUUGAGUGCUGGAAGAACCGGAAAGAGGAUAGAAUGAAAAAGUCACGUGGAACGUCGGAGGUCAGCCACUCCGCAAAUAAUUCGCCCUCGUCGGGAUCAUCAGUGUCUGCUCGUUCUUCCAAUUCCCGUAGCUCGGUCUCUCCAUCCGCAACAGCUCUUCAAGACAAAGAUGUCAGCGAUGGCGAAUCGGAAGUUCCAAGAAAGAAGAUUCGAGUGGGAACGUCACCUGUUGAAAACUUGCUGGUUCAGCAAUCGGAGAAGAUGAAGACUGAGCAAAUCUUGCCAACUGCUCUUCCAAUUCCAUUGGAGCCUCAAGCUGCUACGAUCCACAGUGAGAAGCUGGGAGAACCACCAAUCAUCGAAAAGAAGGAGGAGGAGAGCACGGUCCCGUCAAGACGUAGCAUCAAUGACUUGGUACUGAAUGAAUUUGGAUUUGAAGACGAACGAUUGGAUUCUCCUUCUCCUCUCCCGCCAAAGCAGUCUUCAGUGGUUGAUGAUAGUCAGAAAUCCGAAUCGGCCUCUUUCAACAGCUCUCGCAAUCAGUCUCCGGUCGAUGAUGUCAAUGAAAAUGCGUCAAUCGAUGGUACCGAGAGCGAACCGAUGGAAGUGGAUAAACAACCGGAGAACCGAAAGCCAGUGGAUCCGAAUGAAAUGAAGCGGGUCAUUAGUCUGCCAGUGUCCAAUCGGACGAAGAAACGAAUGGGGGUCUGGGUAAGAACUUGAACACUUCAAAACUUGGUAUUAUUUCAAUGUUGGCUAUUUCAGGACAGAGCCCAACACAUCUACCGACAGAAACCGCACAAAUCGAUUACUAAGCGUGAGCUGCUCAAAAUAAAGCAAGCAGAGAAGAGGGCUGAACAAUUCCGUGAGGAGUCAUCCCAUUGGAGCUUUCACAAACGGCUUCGGUAUGGAUUGGAACAGCUCAAGGACACGCUCACACCCGAAGAGAUCAAGAAACUUGAGGAUUAUUUGGAGAAGCAUGACGUGAGUUUUACCGUUUUUCAAGGCGUAAAUCUAAUUGGUUUCAAUUUACAGCCGUCCAAAGCGAUCUACCUGACAACCGACAUUAACCUGGACACGAUCUACCCGGAUCAGGGGAAUUACCGUCAUUGCGACAAAUACCUGAUGGAUCAGGUGCUCGGAUAUGUUCCGCGUCAACCGAAGCGGAAAGGAGGACGAGUUCCAGGCAUUCCGAAGGUUCCACCGAGAUUUUCAACGUUGGGAAAGCUUCAUCUCCCGUUGGACUGCAUGUCCAAAGACGUGGUGCAAGCCGCCGAGCAGUGGAAGAUGCACCACAUCAACGCGGUUUACAAGAUCGAUCCGUUGACACCGCCGACUCCGGACACCUCGCUCGUGAAUUUGGAAAGAGAAUUGCAUAAGAAGCUUGGAAAUAACCACGUUAUGCGAUUCAAGAACAAAAAUGCUCUUCGCAUUCCUGUCUCGAGGCUUCCAGUCAAAACCAAAGAGGAGGUGUACGACGAACGAUUCGAGCGGAUUCUCAAUUCAGCCACAAUCACCAACGUCAGUGGGAUCGGAAAGGCGCUGGGCAUGGACUACCAGAAAUUCUCGCUCCAGGCCAUCUACGACAAGCUGCCCGAUAUGAAAAUGGACGUGUUGUACCAAUGUCCUCAGACCGCUGACACAAACAAGAACAUGGAAGGCGAGCAAGGGUGGAGAACGACCGGAUUCAUUGACAAGAUGCCGAUUGAAGAGUACAUGAAGUACGCGACGAGAGUGAAACAGGAGUCACUUGACUGUAAGUUUGAUUAAGUAGAAACCAGAGUUUUAAUAAGUUUUUUUUUUCAGUCGUCAAGGAGAUGCUCGAGUCGGAUGACAUGGAAACGAAGCAAGUGGAGAUUCGCCAGAGGCUGCUCGCCGAGCAAGUGCUUCCAGACUCGCCGGAUUAUGAUCCUCGCAUGUACUGGAAUGUGUUCGGGACCAACAUCGACAUGCAGGACACAAAAGUUUUUGCCGAGCAGUUCAAGGAGAUCAACAAGCUUCCUCCGUUCCUUCGCCCGAUGCACGAAGGAAAUCUGCUCAACAUGAUCAGCGAGCCUGUUCUCGGUGUAAACACCGUACAGGUGUAUUCGAAGCCGCCUGGAUCUCGAACUCCUGCUCACAUGGAGAACUCGCUCAUGUCGUCAAUCAAUAUCAACGUUGGCCCAGGGACUUGUAUAUGGUACUCGGUACCGUACGAGUACUGGGGCAAACUCAGAGAUUUGAUAACCCAAAAACGAUGCUCCUAUCAUGGACAGGAUUAUUGGCCGGAUGAGAAGGAACUGCUGAAAGCUGGAAUCCCGGUCACCAAGUUCGAGCAAAAACAGGACGAAAUGGUGUACGUGAAUACUGGAACUUUCCACUGGGUCCAAAGCGUCGGUUUCUGCGUCAACGUCUCGUGGAACGUCGGACAGCCAACACCCACGCAGCUCGCCACCGCCAUGAUCGCCUUCUCUCACAACAUCGAGGCCCAGUACUUUGCCCACGUGCCACUCUGCACUCUUGCCUGGGACAUGGCCCGCAAGAAGAAGUACCUCGAUGACGAGCGCAUGUACAAACUUGUGCGAACCAUAAUGAUACGGUAAACUCAUAAAGUUUCAUCUAGCACACUCAUCAAAUAUUUUUCAGAAGUCUCGCUUACACCAAAUGGUACUACGAUGCGUUGCGGGAAGAGGACAAAGAGACGUUUGCCAAAUGGGACGCGACCGAAAGUGUUCCGCGGUGCAAAAAAUGCGGAAUAGAGUGCUAUAACAUCACACGAUGGUGCGCAAUUAUGGAGGAAGAAGAGAAAACGGUCACACCCUACUGCCCAUAUUGCAAUCCAGCGUAAGUUAUCUCAAAAUAGUUUGGGUGUAAUAACUGUCAAUCAAUUUUCAGCCCGAAAGAACGCCGCCAAGGUUUCAGCGAUUUCCACACGUUCUUCUACAACUGGGACGAGCUGUUGAAAACGUUUGACGAAUAUCGUUUGCCGGGAGUAACGGUGUAA